AUGCGGUUUCAAACCGAAAAAUCAAAACCAAACAAUUCUCAAAACUCCGCGGAUUUGCGGUUUGCGGAUUUUGUCUGCGGUUUGCCGCGGAUGCGGAUUCAACGCAUCUCACGAACGGCAUUUAGUAAGAAGCCCCCUCUGGGUCUGAGACUCGGAGCCCAGAUCAUCACCGAAUACGAGUGUGCAUGUGGGGCAAGGGUUGAUGAACUCGGAUACUUUAGUCUUUCUUGCCGUCUAGGUCCAGAAAGACAGGCCAGACAUACGGCUGUCAAUGAGUACCUAGUUCCAAAAGGCUGGUAUCCCGGUUAUAAAAGAACCCAUGGGUUUGAUAGAGGAAGAAGCCUUUACCCUUUAGGCCUGAUGGUUACACUAUCACCCCAUGGGCGCAAGGACAGUCCCUGGUUUGGGACUUUACCUUUCCGCACACCAUGGCUGACCGAUAUAUUGGCUAUACUUCAGUGGAGGCGGGCACCGCUGCCUUAA